AUGACCUGCUGCGAAGGAUGGACGUCCUGCAAUGGGUUCGGCCUGCUGGUCCUCCUGCUGCUGGGAGUGAUCCUCAAUGCCAUACCUCUGGUCAUGAACCUGCUGGAGCAAGACCAGUUUUUUCAAAAUCCCAUCUCCUGCUUUGAGGGAUGGUUCCCAGGAAUUAUAGGAGCAGGUUUGAUGAUGUUUCUCUCGUCACUUUUCAGCGUGAUCACGAUCCUCGGUGCUGUGUACUGCAUGGUGGUGUCGCUCCAGGCUCUCUCAGAAGGCCCCCUCGUGUGUAGCUUGCCAGCCAACAGUUCUGCCCAAUGCGAAUUUUCAUUCAAAAACUUGACUAACAUUCAUCCAGAAUCCUUCACGCUCCAGUGGUUCUACAACAACUCCUGUUUACUUCCUGUUCUCAACAACCCCACCUUCAGCGACACCACGAGCCAACACACGGUUAUUCACUUCUCAGUAUUUUUAGGGCUCCUGCUGGUUGGAAUUCUUGAGGUCCUCUUUGGGCUCAGUCAGAUAGUCAUCGGUUUCCUUGGCUGUCUGUGUGGAGUCUCUAAACGAAACCGGGCUGUGUAG